AUGGACAUCCAAAAGACCUCUCAGCCUACCACGGCACCAGCAAUCCUCGAAAGACUCGACCCCAAAGGCAAUCCCCUGAUUCCAACACCUACCUCCGACCCAAGGGAUCCUCUCAACUGGUCCCUCCUCCGCAAAUCAACAUGUCUCUUCAUAGUCGUGUAUAGCUACUUCAUGCUAACCUACUUCACCACCGCACCCAUCCCCUCCUUUGGCUUUCUAGAGGAACAACUGAAUAUCAACUAUUCUCAGGUCAGCUGGAGUUUUGCCUUACCAUGUUUAGGACUGGCCAUAGGCCCAUUGAUCGUGGGCGCAUUGGCGGAUACGUAUGGGCGACGACCCGUUUUGAUUGCGUGCACUGCUCUGGCUGUAGUGGCGAGUGGGUGUACUUCGAUCAAGACGAUUAAUUUCGGGGGUUAUAUGGCAACUAGGUUCUUUCAAGGAUUGGGUGCGGGCCCGUCGGCGAAUAUUGGGCUGGUGAUUAUUCAUGAUAUCUCAUUUGAGCAUGAGAGGGGGUUGAGGGUGGGGAUGUGGACUAUUGCUGCUAAUGCUGGGACGGUGUUGGGUGGUGUUUUUGGCGGUUUGUUGGCUACGUCUGGGGAAUGGGUAGCGUAUCAUGUUACUAUCUUAUUUGCUGUGCUGUUGGUUGUGCAGUGUCUGUUUCUGCCGGAGACACUGUACCCUCGAGCAGCUAUCUUAGCUCAGGAAAGCCAAAAGUAUGGAGGAGGUGCAAUUAUUUCAAUUGCACCCACUUCAAGUGAAAGAAGCAAGUUGAACUUCUUUAACAUCAAAAAAAUCCCCGGCGUCCCUCAUCCCAAAGUAUGGACCACAACCAUCCAAUUCUUCAAUCUCUUCCGCUACCCCACAAUCGUCAUCAGCGUCCUCGGCUACUGCUUUCUUCAGUAUUGGUGGAUCUGCAGUAUUUCCACCCUCGUUCCAGACGCCUACAUCAAUGACUCCCCCCGCACUCAGGGCCUCCUCCUAAUCGGUCUACUGGUAGGCCUCCUCUUCGCGGAAGUCGUCUGCUCAGGGAACCUAAGCGAUAAAUUGAUGUCACAUUUCGCGCGCAAGAAUGGCGGCAUGCGAGUACCAGAAAUGAGGCUUUGGUUAGGUUAUCCGGCUGCGGUUGUGUCAUCUGUGGGACUUGUGCUCUGGGGGGUUAGUGUGGAUAAGAAUUGGCAUUGGAUGGUUGGCCAGGUUGCUUUCUUCUUGUAUACGCUGGGAUUGCAGACUGGGAAUACAGUCUUGUCGGCUUAUAUUGUCGACAAUUAUCCGGAGCAUGCAAAUGAGGUUAUUACGUUUUACACUGUUAUUAUCAAUCUUUCGGCAUUCAUAAAUCCAUGGUUUAUAUACUACUGGAUCGAAGCUUCCGGAUAUACAUGGACCUUUGCCGCUCAAUGCAUCAUAUGCAGCUUUGGACUCAUUCCGCUGUAUAUUCUGCUGCAGAGAUAUGGCGUCGGGCUCAGGAGUACGCGGCCAAUGUACACCAAACAUAUAGAUGACAUGCUUGAAGUACCGACGGCUCAAGAUGUGUCGACUGGGGGGGAUAUUGCGGUGAAGCAGGACUUCAGCGAUGUGGUGUAA